CUCAGUCUUGAGUGCGUUAUUGGCGAGUGUGAACGUGUUUACCCGGGCUUCGAUUGCAAGCCAACAAACAAAACCCACUUUACAAUGGCAAUUACGCGGCGGCUUUCCGGGCCAAAACCGCUGUUUUUGUUUGUCUGCCUGUGUCUGGCAUUGAAUUUAAGCCAGGCAGCUCGAGUGCCCAGCGAUCAGUUUGUGUUUCCCUCGGAACCCAACCCAAAUGCAACGGCCAUCCGACUGGAGUCCCGGCUCAAAGAAAUCGAUCGAGAACUGGAGGCCGUGACCAGAAUGACGAAUGUCACCCUCUUGGCACCCAAAGAAGCCAAGAAGGGCACGCCCAGAACCUCGGGUGGUGAGAUCGAGUCAGAAAAACCAGGAAGUACGUCUAGUGAGGCCAAGAACGUGACCAAAACCCCAAGUAGUUCACCUACGCAGGAGAUCGGAGUUGAAGAUACACCAAACAGUACGAAAAAUCGAACCCAAUCCUCCAGUGAAGCCAAGAUGAUAACCUUCGCUAGAGAAUCGGAACCGGACAAACCAGCUCCUUGGGAACAAAGCGGAACCACCAUUGUUUCCAAGCCCGGCGGUGUGAUAAUUGGACCCAGAAUCAUCCUGGAAACCUCUCCAAAAUGUCCGGAAGGUAUGACCCUGACCGUCAAUGAUCAUUGCCGCAAGAUUGCCUAACCUUGUGAAAACCUUCAAUGAAGAUCUUAAAUGUAGAAACACAAAGCAAAUCUUAUUUAUCUAAUAAAAUUCAACAAGUGUAAAUAACUA